ACUUAUGCUUGGGAUGAUUUGACUAAUGGAGAAUGUAUUACUCCAAGAGAUGUCCCAUCAAGUAGUCCUUUAGGUUGUUUUAUUUUGAAUAAUGGUUCUUCAGACAACCUGAAUGGUCUUUCAAACUUGGGUUUUCCUCCUGUUUAUAAAGAUCGUUAUGGAUUCAUAAUGGAUCCAGGGUUAUGCAUAAUCAGAUGCACUGACUAUCUCUUCGAGGUUGCUGCCCUCAAGAAUGGCAGCCAGUGUCAAUGCGGCAGCAAAAGUAACUUAGUAACAUCAUAUACUAAAGUAAAUGACUCAAUUUGUAAUGUCACAUGUAUCGGCAACUCCAGUUAUUUUUGUGGAGGUAAAGAAAGCUAUACUGUUUAUGACACAAAAACUGGAAUUCUAGGUCAUCCACUACCUACUAUAAGUGUCACUGAUAAACUUGCAAUAAUCAAGAACCUUAAUAAUGAUAAUAGAUACCAACAAUGCAUUAAAGAUAGUCCCUAUUGUUAUCAGAGGGUGUUGAAUGAUACAUCAAAAGAACUUUCAGGUAUGACGGUGGAUAAAUGCAUUGAUUUUUGUAGUCAAAACAACUUUGAAUAUGCAGGACUUGAGAUUGGAACGCAAUGCUUCUGUGCAAAUAAUUAUAAUCAUAUUAAUCAGAUAAGCCCAGAUGAAUGUAGUACUAGUUGUGCUGGAAAUAACCAGCAAAUUUGUGGAGGUCCUUUAGCUAUUAGUGUGUAUAAUGCUUCCAAACCCAAUGAAACCAGUACUUCCAAAUCCAAUGAACCCAAUAAUCUAUUAAAGAUUAUUCUUUCUUCUGUUAUUGUAAGUUUUAUCAUAAUUGCCUUAAUUGCAAUUUCGAUUAUUUGGUAUAAAC